AUGUCUCGCAACGAUAUGGGCCCUCCGGCCAAAAAGCAUAAGGGCUUUGGACAUCUCCCUCCAGGCCUACGCGACGCAAAACGGAGAGACAUUGACAACUGGGAGACCAAUCGAAUGCUCACCUCCGGUGUAGCACAACGAAGAGAUCACGAGGGCGACUUCAUGCCCGAAGAUGAAGAGGCGACUCGAGUGCAUUUGCUCGUCCACGACCUCCGGCCGCCUUUCCUCGAUGGCCGCACGAUCUUCACGAAGCAGCUGGAUCCAAUAUCCGCUGUUCGGGAUCCGCAGAGUGACAUGGCGGUAUUCAGUCGGAAAGGAAGCAGGGUCGUUAAUGAGCGCCGACAGCAGCGUGAACGACAAAAGCAAGCACAGGAGGCGACAAAUAUGGCCGGCACAGCCCUCGGGAACUUCAUGGGCGUCAAAGAUGACGAUGGAGAUAGCGCAGUCGCUAUGCCUGUCGAGGAGACCUACAAAGGAGGAGGAAACAAAUUUGCCAAACAUAUGAAGAAAGGCGGUGGCUCCAGCGCUUUCAGCAGCAAUAAGACCAUGCGUGAACAGAGAGAAUAUCUGCCCGCCUUUGCGGUGCGCGAAGAUCUAAUGAGAGUCAUCCGUGAUAACCAAGUUGUGGUUGUCGUCGGAGAGACUGGAUCUGGCAAGACCACUCAAUUAACUCAAUUCUUACACGAAGAGGGCUACUCUAAGUUCGGUAUGAUCGGAUGCACGCAGCCUCGUCGUGUGGCCGCCAUGAGUGUUGCGAAGCGUGUCAGUGAGGAGAUGGAUGUUGAACUCGGUGGACUCGUCGGAUAUGCUAUCCGUUUCGAAGAUUGUACGAGUGAUGAGACGGUGAUCAAAUACAUGACGGAUGGUGUAUUACUGCGAGAAUGUCUCACUCAAAAUGAUCUCGACAAAUACUCAUGCAUCAUCAUGGACGAGGCACACGAACGAUCUCUAAACACUGACGUCUUGAUGGGUCUUCUCAUAAAAGUUCUGGCCCGGCGCAGGGAUCUGAAAUUGAUCGUGACAUCAGCAACAAUGAACUCCGACCGAUUUGCGCGCUUCUUUGGCGGUGCCGCAGAAUUUGUCAUUCCUGGCAGAACAUUCCCUGUUGAUCUUCACUACUCGCGCACACCUUGUGAGGAUUACGUUGAUAGCGCGGUCAAGCAGAUUUUGGCUAUUCAUGUAUCCCAGGGCGCUGGUGAUAUUCUUGUCUUCAUGACUGGACAAGAAGAUAUUGAGGCAACCUGCGAGCUGGUCGAAGAACGGCUGAAGCAGCUGAAUGAUCCGCCGAAACUCAGCGUCUUACCCAUCUACAGUUCAUUGCCGGCCGAGCAACAGGCAAAGAUCUUCGAGAAGGCCGCUCCGGGCGUGCGCAAAGUAAUCGUGGCUACGAACAUUGCCGAAACAAGUCUGACGGUCGAUGGUAUCAUGUUCGUUGUGGAUGCAGGAUACUCAAAGCUGAAAGUGUACCAACCGCGCGUGGGUAUGGAUUCUCUCCAGGUAACCCCAAUUUCUCAGGCCAAUGCAAACCAGCGAUCUGGGCGUGCUGGACGGACUGGGCCAGGCAAAGCCUAUCGUCUAUACACGGAGACAGCCUACAAGAAUGAGCUUUACAUCCAAACGAUUCCUGAGAUUCAGCGAACCAGUCUUUCAAACACUAUUCUUUUACUGAAAUCCCUUAACGUGAAGGACCUUUUGGAUUUUGACUUCAUGGAUCCUCCCCCACAGGAGACAAUCACAACCUCUCUUUUCGAGCUCUGGUCUCUGGGUGCUCUAGAUAACCUGGGCGGUCUUACAUCUCUAGGACGUCGCAUGACACCCUUUCCCAUGGAUCCCCCUCUUGCCAAGCUCAUAAUAAUGGCCUCCGACGAAUAUGAGUGCAGCGAGGAGAUGACAACCAUCGUUGCAAUGCUUUCGGUUGCAAUGGUCUUUUAUCGUCCCAAAGAGCGACAAGAGGAAGCCGAUUCAGCUCGCGAGAAAUUCGUCGUUCCAGAAUCCGACCACUUGACCCUUCUCAAUGUUUAUAUCCAAUGGAAAACCAACGGUUUUUCCGAUGCCUGGUGUACCAAGCACUUCUUGAACGCAAGAACCCUCCGCCGCGCCCAGGAAGUCCGCGAUCAACUUCUCGACAUUAUGAAUAAACAAAAGAUGCCCGUUAUCAGUUGCGGCACAGACUGGGAUACCAUCCGCAAGUGCAUAUGUUCGGGCUACUACCACCAAGCCGCACGACAAAAGGGCAUGGGCGAGUACAUCAACCUCCGCACCAGCGUGACCAUGGCGCUCCAUCCCACAAGUGCCCUUUUCGGUCUCGGUUAUGUACCCGAGUUCGUCGUCUACCACGAGUUGAUGCUGACUUCCAAGGAAUACAUGUCCGUUGUGACAGCUGUUGAUCCCCACUGGCUCGCCGAACUCGGUGGUGUAUACUACUCUGUCAAAGAAAAAGGCUACUCGCAGCGCGACCGCCGCGUGACCGAGAUCGAGUUUAAUAAGCGCAUGGAAAUCGAAGAGCAGAUGGCAGCUGAUCGUGAACGCGAUGCUGCUGAUAAAUUGCGCGAGCAGGAACGCAGCAACCCCGUCCGCCGCAAAACGGAGAUCGAGGUUGGUGGAAAGUCCGCCGUGCGUAAACCUAUUGUCAAGCCAGGGCGCAAGGUCGGCGGUUUGACUGCUUCGUCUUCUUCUUCUUCCUCGCGGCCUGGAGCCAGUGGCGGUGGAAGUGGUGCUGGAAGCAGUGUGGUUAAGAGGCCUACGGUGCCUCGGAGAGGACGUGCAUUCUAG